AUGCAUGACUUCGUGAGCAGGGAUGCACCUCAACCAGUAGGUGCUAAAGCAGGUGCAUAUAAAUCAGGCGAUAUUCAUUAUAGAAUGUCCAAAAAGAUCGCACAACUCACAAAGGUUAUUUAUAUGCUCAAUUGCAAAAAGGAAGAUGUUGAUAUUUUAGUGAAAGAACUCCAAAUGCUACAUAAGGAAGAAAUAUUAGAACUACAGCGAGCAAGCGAAGUGAAGCUGAAAAAGUACAGGGCCUUCGCGAAAGAGAGCUAUGAAUCAAAUUUAAAGCAAUCUCAGUUGUCAUCAAACAUGGAAAGUCUGCAAGAAAAACUAAAAAUGCAAAAAGAGGUAUCUCACCAAAAACAGAUAACCUUUUGUUCGGAUACAACAAGAUCUUCUACAAAUGAUUCAGUAGUAGUUAAAACAGCGGGAGUACCGUUGACAGACCUCUGGUAUGGAACUCAACCUGAUCGAUGUGUCGCCGGUGACAGGAGAGAUCAUACUGAGUUCAAUACUAGAUGUCAGUCUGCUGAUGGCACUGCUGUUGUUUCAAAUGCUAAUGGAUCAUUUGUAGAUCGCUUUGUUGUAUCCAAACAAAACGUUACCUCUGAAGAACACAUUAACUGA